AUGUCCCUCUCUCUCCUGCUCGUUACAGCAGGGCCUGGCCUGAACGUGCCGCACCACGUGCCGCUCCGCCACGGGCGGCCCGUUGCCGUUCGCCUCGCCAUCGGUGAACUCGGCGACUGGGUCAGCCUCAAGAAGAGCACCGCGCUCGGCGCCUCUGCGACGGUCGGCCUGCCCGACAAGGCGGUCGCGCUGCUCGAGCGGGUGCAGUCAGACUCGCAGGCGAUCGAGUUUGCGGAGGUGGUGUCGGUCAUCGACGAGUGCUUCGACGUGACCGAGACAUCCUUCCGCGUGGGCGACGUCGAGUCCGCGGCGGGCGAGAACAUGGGCUCGUCCAAGCUGCUCGCGUUUGGCAAGCUGGCCGGCCUGUCGGAGCAGGAGACGCUCUGCCUGUUCGGGCAGUACUACAAGGACGUGUGCGCGAGCCCGGCGGACAGCGACCACCCGAACAUCCGCGCCUUCAUGGCGGGCGGCUGGGGCGCGGUCCAGUUUCCGUGGGGCCUGUCCGUCUCUGUGCCGGUGGACGGCAAGGCGUUUGGCACGUCGAAGGACGCGGUGCAGUCGGCGCUCGAGGCGUCGGCGCAGAUCUCGGGCGACGACGAGUGGGACCCCGACUCGGAGAUCUGGAUCCCGUGAGGCGUGUGGCCGCUUGGCGUUGCGGCCGCCUCCGCGCGCGCGACGCGGGCGCCACGUAGCACAUUCGCGCAAGCUGCUGUAGUCUCAAUCUCUCGCGUGCCAUGUGUACAAUGACCCUAAAGGGUGUGGAUGCUGGGUU